AAAUAUAUGCUUCUACUCUCGAGUCUCUACUAGCAAUUGCUUUUUUGGGACUGCUGUUUUUAGCCCCAGACACAAAAUACACAGCUGGAUUUAUACUGCAAAAUUCAAACAAAAUAAUCAAAUUUUGAGAUUUUUUUCUUCAAAAUCUUUGCUAUUCCAGAAUGGUAAAAGGGACAAUGCAACUAUGGCUACGUGCAAUAAUAACUUUGCUUAUAUUGAUUAUUACUGAAGGGCACCCAGUUGAUAUUACUUAUCUACAGAGUGCAGUAGCUAAAGGAGCUGUAUGUUUGGAUGGGAGUCCGCCAGCAUACCAUUUUGAUAAAGGAUUUGGAGCAGGAGCUAACAACUGGUUUAUCCAACUUGAGGGAGGAGCAUGGUGCAACAACGCCACGACUUGCCUUGCCCGUGCAAAAACACGAUUGGGAUCAUCUAAACUCAUGGCAAAGACAGUGUCUUUUUCCGGGAUUUUGAGCAACAAGGCUAAGUUUAAUCCAGACUUUUACAACUGGAACAGAAUUAGAAUUAGAUAUUGUGAUGGAGCAUCCUUUACUGGUGAUGUUCAAGCAGUCGAUCCGAAAACAAAGGUAUACUACAGAGGAGCCAGGAUUUUUUCAGCUGUUAUGGAGGAUUUCUUGGCAAAAGGAAUGAAGAACGCUCAGAAUGCUUUUCUGGCGGGAUGUUCGGCUGGUAGUUUGGCUGCAAUUCUACAUUGUGACAGAUUUAAAAGUCUCCUGCCACCGGGCGCUAAAGUUAAAUGUCUUUCCGAUGCUGGUUUCUUUAUCAAUGCGAAGACUGUUGCAGGUACCUCUCAUAUCGAACAGUACUACGGUGAAGUUGUCAACACACAUGGUUCCGCGAAGAAUUUGCCUCAAUCGUGUACCUCGAGACUGAAACCGGGAUUGUGUUUUUUCCCACAAAAUGUUGCGCAACAAAUCAAGACACCACUUUUCCUAGUAAAUGCAGCCUAUGAUUCCUGGCAGAUAAAGAAUAUUUUGGCUCCUGGCGUUGCUGAUCCUCAUGGAACUUGGCACAACUGCAAGCUUGACAUAUUGAAAUGCUCUUCUGCUCAGCUCCAAACCAUACAAGCUUUUAGGUUGGAGUUCUUAAAAGCAUUGAAUUCACUUGGCCCAUCCUCGACAAGAGGGUAUUACAUCAAUUCCUGUUAUGCACAUUGUCAAACUGGAACACAAGAGACAUGGCUAAGGGACGACUCGCCAAUAUUGGCUGGCACGACAAUUGCCAAAGCAGUUGGGGACUGGUAUUAUGAUAGAAAACAAUUCCAAGAGAUUGACUGUCCUUACCCCUGCAACAAGACCUGCAAGAACCGGAAGUUUGAAUCUCGUCAGAUAAUAUAGAUGACUGAUGAAUGUUUUUCUGUGAGAUUGUUAUACAGAGACUUCCAGAUUUUCCAAAAGUGAGAAAGAGAAAAUAUGGAAUUAAAGAAAGUGUGUAUCAAGUAUGUUACAAUAAAGUGUGUAUCAAGUAUGUUACAAUAAGGGAAAGCCAACACUGCGCAGAAUUGUGUGCUUUGGUUUCCCAGGAGAAACUGUUUUGUAUCAUAUUUUUUAGGUUAGAUUUUAUGUAUCUUGUUAUAAUUUAAAAGUCAAUAAUAAGCUUUAUUGCAGUGCUAA